UCAUUUUGUGUAUUUUACUAAUGGAUACAAAUUUCACACAGACAGUCAUGGUAGCGCAAGAUCAACAAUGAACAGUGGAGUUUGUAUCUCGGAUCCAAAUUUUGGUGAUUACUAUGGACGGAUAAAAGAGAUUAUACAAGUGGAAUUUCGUGAAGAUCCUUUAAAUCAAACUGUGUUAUUCAACUGUGAAUGGUUUGAUCCAACUAUGGAUGUUGGUGUUAAAAAGCAUAAUCAGUACAAAUUGGUUGAUGUUAAUCAUCGUCGCCGAUAUAAAAAAUAUGAACCUUUUAUUCUUGCGAUGCAAGCAACUCAAGUGUGUUAUGUGUCAUAUCCUAGCAAGAAAAAGGAUAAGGAUGAUUGGGCAGCUGUGUUGAAGGUCAAACCUCGGAAUGUUGUUGAAUUACCCGAUGAGGAAGUAAUGGUUGAGUGUUUUGAUUUGCACCACAGUUUUUUUUAUUGUUUUCUUUAACCUAUUUUACCACUUUCAUCAUUACUUACUGAAUCUUGUAGUGUACUAUGCGACUAUGUUGUUUGAUAUAUGCCUUCUUAUUUGUUGGCUACUUAUUUGGGGUUACGUGCUUAAGUUCGUAGCCAAAAUACUUGCUUGGGAUAAAGUAACAUGUAACUAAAACCAUUAAAUCCUCUAUUAGACUUUUAUAUUCCAUUAUAGUUUUAGUUCAACCUUUGAUAGAAUCCUCCUGCUAAUUUCUGCACAAUUAUUGGGUCCUUUUCCGCUAUAAUUUUGAUUCUCUUAUUCUUCUUUGUACUUAUAAUCUUUCGCAAGUUUCUGCAGUUCAUUGGUGUUGAACGUCUUUUCUUUUUCCAGUUCGUUUGAAAGCUCUGUUGAAGAUUGCUGAUCACCACGACAAGGAGAUUGCCUACGCUUUUAGUACCAAUUUUGAGGAUAAAAGGUGAAGCUUCUACAAACUAUUCAAAUUCUACAGAUUUCUAAAGAUAUGGCUCGAGGCAGAGGUCGAGGUAGCGGAGGUCGUGUAGGAAAGUCCUCAUUUAGGUGUGAUUCAACUGGUCGUGCAAACAUGCCUACCAUUCCCAUUCCCACCACAAUUAGUCCUCAACAAGGUGGUACGAGUUUCAUUGGUGGGCCAGAUCCUAUAAACCAAGUUCAAACUUUAAGUACGCCACCGGUUCAAGCCUCAGAUAUGGCUCGAGGAAAAGGUCGAGGUAGCGAAGGUCGUGUAGGAAAGUCCUCACUUAGGGGUGAUUCUGCUCGUCAUGCAAACAUGCUUACCAUUCUUAUUCCCACCACUGUUGGUCCUCAACAAGGUGGUACGAGUUCCAUAGCUGGACCAGAUCCUAUAAACCAUGUUCAAACUUUAGGUACGCCACUGGUUCAAGCGUCAGAUCACGGAAGUAACCCAACCAUCCCUGAACUAUCUCCCAUUACACCUGAUCUGAGCAGACCAAUAGAUGAGGGUACAUCAAACAAGAGCAACACUAUCAGUGAAGAAGAGUCCAGUAAUCGUCGUAGGCAGCGGACACUUACACUUGUUACUCUUACUCCUGCAGGGUUGGAACCUUCUAAAGAAUGCUCUAAUACCAUAUUCGCAUCUUUCAAAAAUCAACUUGAUCCCAAUGGAAUCAAUUGGAAAGGUGUCUCAGAAGAUACUAGAGAUUUUUAUUUUGGGGAAUUCAAGGUAUAAGUUUCAUCAUAAUUCAUUUUAUAAGUGUAUUAGCUUUUAUAGUUAGGACACUAAUAAUAUUAGUUUACAAACUGUUUUCAGAAGACAUACCAUUGGGACUCUUCGAUUCCUGAGAGUGUAAUCAGAAAACAUUAGAAUACUUAGGCAGCAACAAAGUAUAGGAAUUUCAUUAGCAAAAUUAAACAAAAAAAGGAUUAAGCCGGAUUAUGUGUCUGGUAAUGUGUGGGAACGUUGGUUGCAACUUUGGGCGGAUCCUAAGUGUGUUGAAAAGUCAGAAAUAAAUGCAAAGAAUCGUUGU